AUGGCCAACGCAUCGACAGACGGCCCAACCUGGGUAUCGCAAAUGCAACUACCUGAUUCUCAAACCGGUAGUACGCAGAAAUUCGCAGACUGUGCCCACCGAGCGAACAAGACGACGAAUAACAAACGAAUCAUUGCUUGCUGCGAUGGAACAUGGAACAAUUCUAACAAGAUGGGGGGCAUUCCAACUAAUGUCGCUCGUAUUUCGGCUGCAAUCGCUCGUAAAUGCUGUACCGGCAUGCCACAAAUCGUGUACUACACACGAGGAGCGGGCACAGACUCUUCCAAAGUUGGACAGUACCUUGGAGGCGUCUUGGGGAAGGGCGUAGUCCAAGAUAUUGCGGACACCUAUCGCUUCAUUUGCGACAACUAUAACCCCGGAGACGAAAUUGUCAUUCUUGGCUUCUCCAGGGGUGCUUUCACUGCUCGUUCAGUCUCGGGGCUUGUGUGCAACAUUGGGCUCCUGAACCGUGUGGGACUGUCACAAUUCGGGGCAAUUUUCCAUGACUACCAGAACUUCGCCAACUGGAAGCCAGGCAAGAAGUUCAACAAGGAUGAUCACCUUGUGGGUUUCACUUUCUCCAAUUUCGAGCGUCUUGAGAUAUUCAAGGCGGGCCCAGCAAGACGCAGCAACGCAGCCUUGGAAAAAGCGCUUGACGAGAGCAAGCGAGAAAUCUUCAAAUCCAUGUUGGAAUGUAAAGGAAGCAACGGUCAAACAAGGCUUCGGGAUAUGGCACAGAUUUACAGGAAGGGACUUGUCGAGCAUGAGAUGAUCUUGUGCGAAAGAAAGUCACGGAAAGAAGGCGGCCGGAUGGUCAAUGAGUUUGUCCCCACAGAGGUCAGGGUCAAAGCAGUAGGUGUAUGGGACACGGUUGGAAGUCUCGGCUGGCCGAAGAUGCCGUGGGAGAAGAUUCGCAAAGAUCGCAGCGCGGAUGAGCUUCGAUUCGCAAGUCUUGAUGUCCAUCCAAAAGUUGACCACGCUUUCCAUGCACUUGCUCUGGACGAGUGGCGGACGGCGUUCAAACCGACCCUGUGGGGAAUGAAAGACAAUACUACAACUCAGCUUCGACAAGUUUGGUUCCCCGGCAGCCACAGCAACGUUGGUGGGGGCUUUCCUGACCAGCAAAUCGCAUCAAUUGCCAUGGCCUGGAUGGCUGAUCAGCUCACAUCGAUUGGCGUUGAGUUCAGCACCCCGGAGAUGAAGCGUCUUUUUUACACGCUUGAGCCCGGCGUCAAACCGCGUGAGUGGGGUUUAGGGCAGAUCACGAAUCCUGAUGCUACUACAUCCAUCCCAGACCAGGCAUACAACGCGAUCUGGUACCCAUGGCAGAGACUCAAGGGUGAGAACACCGUUCUUGGCACCAGGACGCCCGGAAACUACAAGGAGGACGACAAAAAGACCUUGAUUACGGAUCCAAAUGAGUUCAUACACCCCUCAGUGCGUAUUAGGUACCUCUACAAAGGAUUGGGCCUCAAUGACGAGGGUGAGUGGGAAUGCGCGGCUUUGACAAAGAAUGGAUACACACUCGAGAAGACUACUGAGCCUCUUGAGCUCGGAGACCAGUACCCAAGAGGCCCGGUUGCCUCUACCUAUGAGACUUUGAGUGGAAAAGUCUCCUCGGUCCAUGGGGGUCAUGCAUUGGACACCCAAUAUCACAAAGACCACACGCUGGUUGUCCAUCAAAUGCCCUUCGAGAAGGACCUCUGCCUCCUUGACCAAGCCAAGAACCACUGGGUCUGGACCAAAGAUGCCGGAAAUGAAAAGAAGACCCUCCGAGAGGAGCGAAUCGGCAUGUGGGAACGUCUUUUCAUCGACAUCAACCACAAAAUGGUUCAGAGACAUAAGAUUGACGAGAAGGCGGCAAAGACGGCGUCGAGCUCUGGUCAGUCCAAGAGAUGGAGUUUGAAAGGAUUGGUUUACGACGGGUACCAAUUCGCCAAGGGUCGAGCUGGCAAGAUGCUCAACCGCGCCUUUGACGCAUUGGUUGGUCCAUCAGCGAAGCCCAUGCCUCUGGACUAUCCUCUCAAACAUGGGUAUCACGACAUGAUCUCUUGGCAGCUUGGCGACACGACCAAGACCCGAUCGAAGAACCCCUGGUAG